CCACAUGCGUCCUUUCUUGGUCUUCGUCUUGUUCUACCGGCUAUCAUGUAAGUUAUCUUGCCUGACGGAUCUAUCGUAUUUGGUGUCUCUAUCCACUUCUUUCUUCUUAUAAGUCCUUUGCAUGUCCUAGAAUUGCCGAUAGACCCAAGAAAUGCCUUUCAAGAUUGAAGUGAGAACGAUUUGAGUCUUUUUGGUUUUUGCUCCCUGUACUUUGCAGCAUCAGUGCUUCAUCAUGACGGCCAACGAUUUAAGCCCGAGGCAAUCCUCUGCCGGUCACAGACCCACGCCAGACAACUACUCCAGAACUUUAUCGCCGAAGGCGACGAAGGCGGCCAUGUCGAAGCCACAAAACCCGUACAAUGAUUCCAGCCUCUCCGUCGACGAGCGAGUGGCGGACCUCCUGUCCCGAAUGACACUGGAGGAAAAGGCAGGGCAGCUAUUCCACAAUAUGAUCGCGCCCGGCCCGGACGGCACACUCUCCGAGGGCUACCCAUCCCACGGGGCACCAGCGACCCGGUAUCUUCUUGAGGACAAGAAGAUGUCGCACUUUAACCUACUCGGCCCCAUCUCGGAUCCACAAAUGGUGGCCCGCUGGCACAACAGGGUGCAGCAGCACGUGCUGGACCACACAAGGCUCGGCAUACCCGUCACGCUGUCGACGGACCCGCGCAACCACUUCGACACCAACAUCGGCACCGGCUGCAGAGCGGGUGCCUUCAGCCAGUGGCCCGAGACGUUCGGUUUCGCGGCGCUGCGCAGCCCCGAGCUGGCGCGCCGGUUCGCAGAUAUCGUGCGGCAGGAGUACGUUGCCGUCGGGCUGCGCGUGGCGCUGCACCCCCAGGCCGACCUGGCGACCGAGUACCGGUGGGCGCGGGUGAGCUCGACGUUUGGGGAGGAUGCCGACGUGGCUUCUGAGCUGGUGACCGCCUGUGUCGAGGGUCUGCAGGGCCGGCUGUCGAGGAGCGAGGACGGCCUGGACAGCGUCUCGACCACGACGAAGCACUUCCCCGGGGCUGGCCCUGAGAUGGACGGGGAGGACUCACAUUUUACUUAUGGCAAAGAGCAAGUUUACCCUGGAGGAAAGUUCGAGUACCAUUUGGAGCCGUUCAGAAAGGCAAUUCUGGCUGGAACAAGGCAGAUCAUGCCCUCGUAUGCGAUGCCAGUCGGGACUCAGUACGAGCAAGUUGGGUUUGGCUUCAACAAGGGAAUUAUAACAGGCCUCCUCCGCGAAGAGUUAGGCUUCGAAGGCGUCGUCCUAACCGACUGGGGCCUCGUGACGGACGCAAAAAUCCUGGGCCAAGACCUGCCGGCACGAGCUUGGGGUUGCGAGCACCUGAGUGAGCUGGAGCGAACGGUCAAGAUUCUCGACGCAGGGUGCGACCAGUUCGGCGGAGAGUCGGUGCCCGAGCUGGUCGUGCAGGCGGUGGAGCAAGGGCUCAUCCCAGAGGCUCGCAUUGAUGAGUCGGUCCGCCGGGUGCUCAGGGAGAAGUUCGUGCUAGGCCUGUUUGACGACAGGCGCUUCGUGGACGUGGAGAAAGCCGGCAGGGUCGCGGGCAAGCCCGAGUUCGUUGCCCUCGGCGAGGCUGCGCAACGGGAGGCGUUCACGAUACUCAGCAACCACGGGCAGGUGAUGCCCAUCCCUGCCUCCCAGCACGACAAGAAGUUCUACGUGGAGGGAUUGGAUGCCCAAGUUGCCCGCCGCCGGGGCCUGCAGGUCGUCGACACGCCUGACGAGGCCGACAUCGCGCUAAUCCGACUGAAAGCUCCGUCCCAGCCCCGGCCGGGAGGCUUCGAGUCGCUGUUCCGGUCAGGCUCGCUUGAAUAUCCCGAGGAGGAAGCGAGACGCAUCUCGGAGCUGAUCAGGACGGUGCCCAUAUCGAUCCUGGACGUGUAUCUCGAUCGCCCGGCUGUCCUUACACCCAUCGUCGAGGCGCAGGCAGCUGCCAGCGCAGACGGCUGGGUUGGAAGCGCGCUGACGGCGAAUUAUGGCAGCAACACGGAUGCCUUCCUCGACGUCUGCUUGGGCGUUGGCAAAUCAUGGCCUCGGGGCAGGCUGCCCUUUGACCUGCCAAGGUCGAUGAAGGCUGUCAGCGAGAGUCGAGAGGAUGUGCCCUUCGAUACAGAGGACCCACUCUUUCGAUUUGGCCAUGGCCUUGGAUAUGCGAAUUGAAGUUGGCCUACCGGAUUUCCUUGGCAAAUACCGACGUGGGAGAAAGGGGAAGUGAUGCGC